GAAUCACAGCUCACUCAUGCGCACAUUGCCCUGGAGACCACUAGUACAAGAGCUCAACACCCACACACACUUCACUUUUAGGUUUUAGACAUAACGACCAUUAAUUUGGAACAAGCUAAUUUCUAGCUUGAUAAAACUGGAAGUAAAGCGAGUUUCUCUAGCGCUCUAAGCAAGUCAUAACCCAAGAAAUGAGUGAAGAAUCAUCAACCCAGCCACAAGGCUCUGGAGAGCAGAUAUUCAACCAAUUUUGUGACUCAAACAAUUUCAGAGAGAUACUGCAACUGUUUAAUACCCUCUGCUCUGAACUAAAAGUAGACCCCAGCCAAUAUGAAGGGUUCUACCCCUCACUAAAGAGCUGUCUCACCUCUUGGAAGGCAACGUCCCUCUUCCAGUUGCUGGAUGAUCGAUCAUCUCAGCCGGAGUACGAGGGAGGGAGUGUGUGUGCUGGUAGGAGAGUGCUGGUGGUGGGGGCAGGUCCAGUGGGUCUCCGUGGAGCCAUCGAGUUAGCAAUGCUCGGAGCAAAGGUCGACCUCGUGGAGAAGAGGCCUGAUUUCCAGCGAAACAACUCACUGCAUUUAUGGCCGUUUCUAAUUACCGAUCUUCGUAACCUAGGAGCUAAGAAGUUCUACGGGAGAUUUGCCUCUGGCUCCAUUGAACACAUCUGUAUCCGAAUUCUGCAAGCUAUUCUACUCAAGAUAUGUCUGCUACUGGGGGUCAAAGUCCAUGCCGGGGUCACUUUCAAUGGUAUCAUCGAACCCAAAGACGCCCACACCGGAUGGAGGGUCGAGACCACACCCACAUCCAUAGCCUCUAACGACUAUGAUGUCAUACUAGCCGCCGAUGGAAAACAACAAAGUUUGUCUGGAUUCCGUGCAAAAGAAUUUCGGGCAAAAUUGGCCCUCGCUAUCACUGUGAAUUUCGUCAACCAUAACACACAGGCGGAGAAUUCUGUGCCGGAGAUAGGGGGUGUGGCCUUUGUGUAUCGGCAGGAGUUCUUCAACAGCUUGGCCAAGACUCACGAUAUAGAGCUGGAGAAUAUAGUUUAUUAUAAGGAUGAGACCCACUACCUUGUGAUGACCGUGAGGAAGCAGAGUCUGCUGAGGAAGGGAGUACUCAAGAAGGACCUCAGUGACCCCAAACAGCUGCUCUCGAAGGCCAACACUGAUCGUGGUUGCCUGGAGCAGUUUGCCCUGGAGGCGACGAGCUUUGCCACCGAGGGAGGACUGGGAGAAGUGGAGUUUGAGAAGAACCAUCGCGGAGAGAAGGACGUCGCACUGUUUGACUUCACCUCGUUGUUUGCUGCCGAGAAUGCAGCACGCAUUAUUGAGAGAAAGGGGCGGAGAUUGCUGCUCUGUCUGGCAGGGGACAGUCUCAUUGAGCCGUUCUGGCCAACUGGCUCUGGUUGUGCCCGAGGGUUUCUCGGUGUGUUUGACAAUGCCUGGAUGAUCAAGAGGUUCUGCUUGGAGAAUGCCACGCCCCUUGAGCUCAUCGAGGAGAGAGAGGCCAUCCUCUACCUCCUCCCACAGACCACGCCUCGGAGACUCAGUGGGAACUUCAGCUCCUACACCAUCGACCCCAAGACAAGGUAUCUGAACCUGAGUGAGCUGGUUCCCCCUGGAGACGUGAGUCACUUGUAUGACACAGACAAUAAGAACACUGCAGCUGCUGUCAGUAAGAGCAGGACCUCCGUACAGCCACCCAGCCAGGACAAGCCUAAACCUGCUGUUGAACAGACUACUGUGGAGCCGACAAUAAAGCGAUCCAAGUCAUCUGAAGUUCUCUCCUCUGAUGCUCGUUCAGCCACACCCUCACACGAUAAUGCCCAUACACCCUCACAUCCUCACGAGCAAACCUCCGAGCCGUCUAUAGCCACCGUGAAGAGUAUUUGGCAGAAGAGAAUGUCCGUAAAGAGUGACAAAACACCAACAAAACAAGACCCAUCCCCUCAAACAGAUACGAAACAUACCCCCAAAGACAUGAAAAGUGCCACAGUGAAGGCUACUGCUACAAAAAUGGCCCCCAAAGAUGCCAAAUCUAGCCCCAAAUCGACGCUCAAAGAUGCAAAGCAGACUCAUAAGGAUGAGAGCAAGUCAAAGCCAAGUGCUCAGAUAACAGCCUCUAAAACUGUCCGUACCAGAACACCACCACCCCCCACUAGGGGGCGAGACAGAACACCACCACCCUCCAUUAGGGGGCGAGAAUCACCUGUCAGUGAACUAGCCAGGCUCACACCAGUCAAGCAACAACAAUCCCCCUCCCACAAGACCAACGCUAAACCACCCCCUGGCCACGCUUCUCCAAAACCUAAGAGAACUGACAAAACAGUAAAGACCGUAAAGAAAGAUACAGAGAAGCCACCCAGCUCUCCAAAAUGGUCCCGAUUUUCCAAAUUUCGAGCGAGAUCUGAAAGCCCAGAACCUAGUCCCAAACAGGGGAAGAGAUCGCUUGAUAAGGACUCGAAAUCAGCGAAGAAACAUCCAUUACAAACUUCCCGUAGUCUGCAAAACUUGAACGAGGAGGCAGCUAUCGAUGAAACGACAAUAAACGUUCAGGACAUUGUGAAGAAGUACGACUUGAGGGCUGGGUCUGUCACUCAAAGUGGAGCCAAGCAAUCAGCGAGUGUGGUGACGCCUAGCGACAAGGGAGGCAGCAAAGGUAAACACUCUCCCAAAACAAAGGAGAAAAAAUCGAAAUCGAAAAAAGACAAGGAUACCAAAGAAAGUAAAGGAGGAUUUUUCUCUCUCUUAAAAAGUCGGAAGCUGUAUGACGUAUCAGCUGUUUCUUCUAAAGACAAGAAAUCAUCAGCUGUGAAGCCAUUAAAUGAACAAAAUGAGCAGCCAAUCGUGCGGAGGAGGAUCAAACAGUUUGGUCACAUGACUGAUGGAAUUGAAGAUACUGAUUGUGGUGUUGUACUAAUGGGUGUGGCCCCGCUAGUGGAGGACGGUAACGACGAGGAGAUAAUCACAUUCGAGAGCCCAACACAAAGCGAAACUGAAGACUCAAACGAUUUGUCACCUGAGAUGGCUAGUAUGGAGAAAGAAGAUGGCUCUAGUUCAGAGGACAGUACUGGAGACAUUCCAAGCCCAGAGGGGAAUUCCCCAGUGCCUGAGGACAGUACAAGUGGGGAGAUUCCCUCUGUUGAGGGAAACUCCCCUGAAGGCCAAUGUGAUGGUGCUGAGCGUGUCAAGAAGUUGAAGGAAGUGUUUUCUUCAAAGCCAGCAGCUCAACCACUCUCCAGGCAUUCCAGCUACAACAAAAGAUCAAAAGAGAUUGAUUUAUCAGAUAUCCUCAACCAGAAAUCCAAGCCGGCCAGCUCCCACCCCCUGUGGCUAGCGAGGGUCACUCAAGGUCUCAACAAGACUCUCGAGCGUCUGAGGAGAGAGAAUGAGAUGAUGGCCACCAAGACAGCUCUGGAGAUACUUAACACCAUCUUGAGCAAUGUUCAGGCACACCCAGAGAGCGAUGUGUACCGACGAGUGAGGGUGAGCAGUGAGAGCUUCUCCCUCAAGGUCUGGCAGUUACCACACGCCAGUCAGUUCAUGGCCAGAGCUGGCUGGGUAGAGAUUGACGAGUUUAUUAUCCUGCCAAUGGAUGCCAGAGUUGACAAUGCCAAGAGAGUUCUUGACAAGCAUUUGAACAUAGUGAACCAGAUGCUUUGGUCUCGACAGCUUGAGCUACCCCCCACAGGGGUAGUGGAAAGACCCCCCAGGGAUAGGGGGAGAGCAGCCACACUCACAAAGAGAAUGUCUUAUGCAACAAGACUCGUGGAUGAGAGCCUCAAGAGAAUCGAAGAAGACCCCAUUCUCACAGCUCACCGUGACGACACGGAUCACCAUGGUAACAGUGAGAACACAGCCCCACCACCGAGCGAGGAUAGUGACACCUUGCAACAGAGUAUGGCAGAGCCUAAUCUGGACCUUGAGAAGAUUGGUGGGGAGGAGGAGCUGACAAUGAAAGCAGCGUCUUUGGCUCGGAAUAUCUGGAAACAGAGGAGUGAUCAACAAGUGAGAGUGCCUAAGGAGAAGGAAUGUGUGCUCAUCACAGACACAGAGCUGUAUGACCUCCCACACUCAAGUCAUCGUGGACACAAAGCCGGUGGACUAGUGGCUGAUGUGCCUGUUAGUGUCGAGGGUGGUGGUCUACACACACGCUCGUGUGGGGAGGUGGACGUACGACUACUCAAGCUCAACCAAUCAGCAAGCAAACGAUCGUCUCUCAACAGCACUGGGGGUCAGAGGUCACUUGAGGGGAUUAACGAACAAGCCAGCACUGUAGUUGAUAACGAGAGACAAAAUGAAAGCAAAGAAGACAUUGCAGCAUGCUCUGGUUCUCCUGUACAUUCUACAGGAGGGGACCCCCCACGAUCAGACACCCCACAGAGCUCAUCCUCUCCUCAAGAGCGCCCCCUGACAGUAUCUCCAAGUGGCUCUGCACCACGAGGGGACCAGCUGAGGCAGCUGCUGGGGACAGGCUCGCUAGUGGAGGAGGCAAAGAACGAAGUGGACGAUAUACCCAAACAAGCUACUGAUGCACAGCAUUCUACGGUGCAUUCCAUUCUGAGUGAGCGUAUGGAGUAUGGGAACCUGACCAUGGAGGUGGCGGCCCAGACCAGACAGAGGUGGAAGGAGACAGAAGAAGCGUCACUGAAGGCAACAAAAGACAAAGAAACUACCCAGGCCAAGACUACGAACACUAACUGAACGUUAUGUUUUGAUCGCUCAUUAUUAUUUGAUGUCAUUAUAUAUGUAUCACUGUAAUAUCUCCAUAAUAUUAGAAACCCAAUACAGAGAUAGUUCAUUGCAAUAUUUUUACAACCAUUCUUUAUUUUGUCAUAAAAAUUUUCUACGAAAGUUCAUAAAAAGUCAGUUCAAAUUGA